AUGUGCACAAAUGCACAUACCGGUCCAUCCACGCCACACGCCACACGCCACACGCCACUACGCGCCACGGUUGAUGCUUUGGCCAAGGGAUAUGGCCCUGAAGCAAUCCGCGGCUUGUCACAGGGUAUCAAACCGCCCAUCCCUUUGACUGUGUUAAGGUGCAGCUUUUGUAACGGACCAGGGUUUAAGCCAAUAGAAAACCGUAGUUUAAAGGGUACCUUAGCAGACUAG